CUGUUGAAAACUCUGUUGAAAUAUAUUCACCUAUCCAAGGUUUGUACCCUAUUGGUUCAGAUUUAUGUAUUAAAUGGAGUUUUAUUGGGUAUGAUGAAAAUACUAAAAUUUUCGUACAAUUAUGGCGAAUACCUCCGGGCUCAAAUGCUAAGCUAGUCUGGAGCGUUUCCGCUUUGCUCUAUUUGGACAACAUCUGCUUCACCGUCACUUCAAAUUGGUCCGAAAAUGAUACGUUUUAUGUAAAUCUCACACCAAAAAAUUAUCCUAAGCAGGAAUUUCAUUCGGAUACUUUCAUGAUUUAUAAAACCAUG